UUGACGCGCGCCAAGCUAGCUAGCUGAGUAGCAUCCAAACAGCUAAACAUGGCUCAGUUCACCUACAGCAGACUGUCUCAUUUACUGAGAACAUCCGGUAAUAAACUCUCGGUCUCAAGAACCGGGACAGAAGUAAAACCGGGACCUGCGUGUCGUGUGCAGUUCACGCGCUGCCAGAGGUCGGUCGACAGCAAGGCCUUACAGGAGAGGCAGAAGCAGCAGAUGGCGAAAGGUCUCCCCAAACAGAAGCCCGUUGUGGGGGUCAAACAGGUCAUCGUUGUGGCUUCGGGGAAAGGGGGCGUCGGCAAGUCCACCACCGCAGUGAAUUUAGCUCUCGGGUUAUUGGCCAACGAUCCGCUGAAGACCGUCGGUCUGUUGGAUGCGGACGUUUACGGCCCGUCGAUUCCCAAACUGAUGAACCUGAAGGGAAACCCGGAGCUCAGUGACAACAAUCUGAUGAUCCCUCUCGUAAACUACGGGGUUCCUUGCAUGUCGAUGGGCUUUCUGGUGGACGACGCGGCUCCAAUCGUGUGGAGGGGGCUGAUGGUGAUGUCAGCGAUUGAGAGACUCCUCCGACAGGUGGACUGGGGGUCUUUGGACUAUCUGGUGGUCGACAUGCCUCCUGGGACGGGAGACGUCCAACUGUCAAUCUCCCAGAACGUCCCAGUAGCAGGUGCCGUCAUCGUGUCGACGCCGCAGGACAUCGCCCUACUGGAUGCUCGCAGAGGAGCCGAGAUGUUCAAGAAAGUUCACGUGCCGGUUCUCGGUCUGGUGCAGAACAUGAGCGUCUUCCAGUGUCCAAACUGUAACCACCAGACUCACAUCUUCGGCUCCGACGGGGCCCGACAGCUCGCUGACACUCUGGGGGUCAAACUACUCGGUGACGUUCCUCUUCAUCUGAACAUCAGAGAGACGUCAGACAGAGGGACUCCUGUGGUCGUCUCUUCUCCUGACAGCCCAGAGGCGGAGGCGUACAGGAACGUGGCGUCGGCUGUGGUCCAGAGACUCCAGGAAGUCAACACUUGAUUGAUGUAAACUGUGAGACACAUGAAGACACUCCGUGUCAUGUGACACAAACAAACAAACAAACAUGUGACACACGUUUAUGUUAACAAACACAAACGUCUUUGCUGUCGUAACGCACAAUGAGUUAAUUACAAAGCACUACUGUGUACAGUGUGUAUUAGUACAAUAGCUUUACUGAAUAAAGGUGAUCUCUGCUGUGUGAUGAUA